AUGACUAUAUUGGAGAAUCUCAAUAAAAUAGGGCAUCCACUUGAAAGUAUGACUUCUUCAAGUGUAGGAUCAUCUUUUGGUUCUGAUUCAACCGAAUCUGUCAAUGGUACUGCUGAUUCUGAUUGGAGAGGUGGUGGCAAUUGGAGAGGUAGUGGCGGUGGUGGAAACUGGAGAGGUGGUGGUGGAAAUUGGAAUGGUGGUGGAGGUAAUUGGAGAGGUGGUGGCGGAGGUGGUCACUGGAGAGGUGGUGGCGGUGGUGGAAACUGGUGUUAG